GCGGAGCGCGGCGGGGAUGGGGCGCCGAGCCGGGCUGGGGCGGGGGCCUCGGCCAUGUUCGCGGGGCUGCAGGACCUGGGCGUGGCCAACGGCGAGGACCUGAAGGAGACGCUCACCAACUGCACGGAACCGCUCAAGGCCAUAGAGCAGUUUCAGACAGAGAAUGGCGUGCUGCUGCCUUCCCUGCAGUCGGCCUUGCCCUUCUUGGACCUGCACGGGACGCCUCGGCUGGAGUUCCACCAGUCGGUGUUUGACGAGCUGCGGGACAAGCUGCUGGAGCGCGUGUCAGCCAUUGCUUCCGAGGGGAAGGCCGAGGAAAGGUACAAGAAACUGGAAGACCUUCUGGAGAAGAGCUUUUCCUUGGUGAAGAUGCCGUCUCUGCAGCCGGUGGUGAUGUGCGUCAUGAAGCACUUGCCCAAGGUCCCUGAGAAGAAGCUGAAGCUGGUCAUGGCCGACAAGGAGCUGUACCGGGCCUGUGCUGUGGAGGUGAAGCGGCAGAUCUGGCAGGACAACCAGGCCCUCUUCGGCGACGAGGUCUCCCCGCUGCUGAAGCAGUACAUCCUGGAGAAGGAGAGCGCGCUGUUCAGUGCGGAGCUCUCUGUCCUGCACAACUUCUUCAGCCCUUCCCCCAAAACAAGGCGCCAGGGCGAGGUGGUGCAGAAGUUGACGCAGAUGGUGGGGAAGAACGUGAAGCUGUACGACAUGGUGCUGCAGUUCCUGCGGACCCUCUUCCUGCGGACGCGGAACGUGCACUACUGCACGCUGCGCGCGGAGCUGCUCAUGUCCCUGCACGACCUGGACGUGGGCGACAUCUGCUCCGUGGACCCCUGCCAUAAGUUUACCUGGUGCCUGGACGCCUGCAUCCGCGAGCGCUUCGUGGACAGCAAGAGGGCCCGGGAGCUGCAGGGGUUUCUUGAUGGAGUGAAGAAGGGUCAGGAGCAAGUUCUGGGGGAUCUGUCCAUGAUCCUGUGCGACCCCUUCGCCAUCAACACCCUGUCGCUGAGCACCGUCAGGCACCUGCAGGAGCUGGUCGGCCAGGAGACGCUGCCCAGGGACAGCCCGGACCUCCUGCUGCUGCUCAGGCUGCUGGCGCUGGGCCAGGGGGCCUGGGACAUGAUUGACAGCCAGGUCUUCAAGGAGCCCAAGAUGGAGGUGGAGCUCAUCACGCGGUUCCUGCCCACGCUCAUGUCCUUCGUGGUGGACGACCACGCCUUCAACGUGGACCAGAAGCUCCCCGCCGAGGAGAGGGCCCCGGCCGCCUACCCGAACACGCUUCCCGAGAGCUUCACCAAGUUCCUGCAGGAGCAGCGCAUGGCCUGCGAGGUGGGGCUCUACUACGUGCUGCACAUCACCAAGCAGAGGAACAAGAACGCGCUGCUGCGCCUGCUGCCCGGGCUCGCGGAGACCUUCGGGGACCUGGCCUUCGGGGACAUCUUCCUGCACCUGCUCACGGGGAACCUGGCGCUCCUGGCUGACGAGUUUGCCCUGGAGGACUUCUGCAGCAGCCUCUUCGAGGGCUUCCUGCUCACGGCCUCGCCCAGGAAGGAGAACGUGCAACGGCACGUGCUGCGGCUGCUCCUCCACCUGCACCAGCGUGUGGCCCCCGCCCGCCUGCAGGCCCUGCAGAAGGCGCUGGAGCCCACUGGCCAGAGCGGAGAGGCGGUGAAGGAGCUCUACUCCCAGCUCGGCGAGAAGCUGGAGCGGCUGGACCACCGGAAGCCCAGCCCGGCGCAGGCUGCCGAGACCCCGGCCCUCGAGCUGCCCCUCCCCUCCGUGCCCGCCCCAGCCGGGCUCUGACGCUUUCCCUGGGGCCACGCGGGGCACUGGGCCCUGCUGGGCCUGGAGGGGCUCCCUGGCCUCAGGUCACUGGGGCCCGCACCUCCUGGCGGCGGUGGCGGCGAUGUGCUCCUGGGCACAGGAGGCGGGACGGGCGGGGACGCGGCCGUCAGGGACACGCUCGGUGCCUCAGCCCCACCCUGACCUGCGUCCCGAAAGCUGUGUGCCUGGAGGGGACCCGCAUCACCACCCCAGGCCGGCGCCCAGCCUGGUCCCCGAAGCACGGCCCCUGCCCAGGGGCCCCUGAGCCUGGCGUCCCGUUGCCUGAGGCUGUGCAGUCUUAGCGGGGGCGCCACUGCCGGAGGGGCCGGGGGCGGCGACAGGAAGGCCACCCGCUGUCCACGGAUGGUUACGUUGCUGGGUCAGCCUGGCCCCACUGAGGACCCCUGGGGGUGGGACAGUGGGCGGCCGCGGCCCUAGAACGCCCAGCAGGGAGCUGUCCUGCCCUGGCCCGCAGCACCCGUGUGUCGGGCGGGGCGGAGGGCAGCCCAGGCUCCGCCUGCGUCUUGGUUUUCCCUGGGAGCGGGUGCUGUUGCAGGGCGAGGUCCUGUGUAAAUAAAGGCCUUGUG